AUGAACUCUUGUUGGGGUUUAUUUGGUUUGGCAUUACGCAUCUCAUUAUAUAAGAGACCUAGUGGAUUAUUAAAAGGCUUUUCGUACGUUGAUAGGGUAUCAACUCAAAAGCUUCUUCCAAUGCAUUUAAUAAAUCUUCAGAAACACACUAGAUGUCGUCAUGUUGGACAAGAUUCUGAUUCUUCAGAUGAUGAGUUAGCUGAUGAAGAUGAGGAUGAUGAUGAUAAUGCCGAUGAAUUAGAUCCAUAUUAUUCAGAAGAUAUGGCGUUCAGUCCACAUUUUCGACAAAUCUCAUCAUACGUCAAAUCUUUACGUUUUGAUAAAAUUAUUCGUGUGGGCUUAGAUAUCACUAGAAGUGCUGCUGACAAUGCCUUUUUUUCUAACCGAUGUAGGUUAAAUGGAGGAAAACUGCUUAAGAUGGGUACUACAGUUUAUAUAGGUGAUAAACUUGAUAUAGUGAUCGACGAUACAGAAGAACCUCUUGGUAAAAGAGUGCGAGUUCUUGAUAUAAAACAAUCAAAACAAAAUAAUUACAAGAUUAGUUUACGUUGUUGGAGAAAUAAUUUGUAUUAUGUCAAGUUAUUUUUGGUUGGCCGACCACCUUUGGCUCUAUUUUCAUUAUUUAUAUUAUUAUGUGCAGUUGGAUUAAUUGUACUAGAUGUACUAGUGAAUAAAUCCCCUCCUAAUAAUCCUGAUGUUGAAAAACAUUGGAAUAAAUUAUUAUUAGAAUUAUCAGGAUUAGAAUUUUGUAUUAUUAAUUCAUCAAAUGCAAGAUUAAUGUCAGAAUCUUACGCAAGUGCACAUGUUCUACGUGGAUUAGAUGAUAUGGAAUCUGACAACGUCAUUAUUUCACAUGCAAUCCAUCUACCUUUAUUAAUAUAUCCUAAUGAAGAAUUUGUUUAUGAUAUGUCAUAUUUAUUAAUUGCUAAAAUGCAUGGACGUCAUAUUGGUAUUAAAGGUCCUUUAGCAUUGCAAAAACUGAACAUAUCUUUUCUGGUACCAUCAGUUCGAAAUGAAAAUCCUAUUUUCCCACCAAUACUGUUACCUCCGACUUGUGAACCAAACUUAAUUGGUAGUACAUCCUCAAUAACUAGUCUUCUUGAAUGGUCCAAACGGACUGAUGUUUUUGACUCAAACCGUUGUCAUGGUCGGACGCGAAUACAGACUGAGUUUCAUGUUUCUUCUCAUCUUUUACCACGUUUGGAAAAGGUAGAUAUUCUCCUCAUUUCAUCUCGACUACAAUUUCUAGUAAUUAUAUUGUUACUGUCAGAUUUUCUUAUAUUGUUUUUCGGUGCACGAUCUAUGUCUCGUUCUCCAGUAAAUAUAAGAGGUCGGAAUGUAUUUUCUUUAUAUGAUGAUUAACGCGGAAAGUGUUGGAGUGAUCCAGAAAAUUUCUUGCAAAAGACAACCAAGGAUCAGGAAACACUAAGAAGCGUUUCAUCCAAUCAGCGUUCACUUGAAAUUUUAGCCAAAAAUAUCAAGGAAGUGAAACGUCACAUGUAGAGGUUCUGAUUGGCUGAUUGCUAUACUGCUGCUAUGUUUAGUAGCAUUCCAGAAUCUUCGAGCAACCCAAGAACAUUUAAAAAUAUUAUAAAAACCCUAUAUUUUCUGUGUUAAAACGAACCUUGGAGUAAAGUACUUCUCGCAUACCUUGCGUCUUCUGUCUCGUUCAGGUCGCUGUAUAGUUCUAGCUGGGGGUUACAGAAUAGCUUAGGAAACGAAUAUAGCGUUCAGUUUGCAAGACUUAUCAGAAAGAAAUAUGCAUCUCACCAGAAUCCAAAUUUGCAACAUCCUAUUAGGCCGUUCGAUACUCUACUGAGUAAGUUUCAAGACCUAGUAACUAUUUAAGUCUUAUCCUAAUAUGCUUAAAUCAAUCUGUAAACUAUGCUUAUCUCAAACAUAAUGAUUAGCCGUCUGUUCGAUUUAAAUUGUUUUAAAAAAGCCCUCUGGACUCGAAUAUAAUUUAAUCCAUAGUUUUGUUACGCAGUAAAAUUAUUGUGUGAAUUGAAUCUUGAGUAGCAAUCAUUAUAUUUAAUCAGAUUGUUUGGGAUUCCUUAUUGUUGACAUAGCUAAAAUCUGUUAUCAAACUAGGGUACAUGAUAAUUGGAUGCAGAUGAUAAAUUACGUUUGAGAGUAAAAUAAAAAUAAAUUAUGACCAUAAUCUGACUUACAACUUUAGUUUCUUAUCGAUGCAA